AUGAACAUCGUGUUUCAAGAAGAAAGGGGGAUUAUCAUCCAGUCCGCGGCAUUAACGGAUGCGUUUGAACGUGUUGGCUCACCAGCGUCCAAGCACGCGGUAGACGUGAUGAAAAAGAAGUACCAUUUGGACCUAUCGAGGCACCGCUCGCAGCUCCUGACGGAGACCAUGUGCCUCGAGGCAGACUACGUCGUGUGCGUAGCGAGCGGGAUGGCGUUUACAGUAACCGAAAAGUUCCCACGGAUUAAAGAGCGGGAAGGUGUGCUGACUGUCUUUGCUAGAGACGUGCAAGACCCGUGGCACAUGUCCUACGAUACCUACAUGGAGAAUGUAACUCAGAUCGAAGAGAUGACACGGGAGUUCCUCGAUAAGCACGUAACGUGGUGA